AUGCACGAUCUUUCCGUCACGAAUGCUACACCAUCAGAAGGAGGUUAUGGUGGUGGUCUACCAGUGACGAUUCUUGGCUAUGGAUUCAAUGGAACCGAUGUCACUGUCAACAUAUGUAAUCAGUCUUGUUUAUUGGUACAAAUCGUGUCUAAUGUUCAACUCAUUUGUGUUACACCUGAAGUUUCGAUGGCCGAAGUGAAUAGUUCGUGCAAUUUAACAGUGACUGUAAAUGGUAUCAGUAAAAAUACACUAUUCACCUACAAAGCUAAUUUGACUGCAAUAGUAACAUCAGUGAGUCCAACUCGAGGUGGAACCGGUGGUGGAACGAGGAUUACUAUCAAUGGAAACAAUUUUCCAACUUCUGCAAAUGUCGUAACGGUGACUAUUGCCGACUCGCCAUGUUCAUUACAAACAGUCACAACAACAAGUAUUACAUGUGAAACUGGCAGUUAUCAAUACAGAAGUGUACGAGCCCAAGUCAAGGUAUUUAUCGAUGGUAGUGGCUAUGCGAUCAGUUCAGUUGAGUUCCAAUACAUUGAUCUUUGGUCGAGUCCAUGGACAUGGGGUGGUAAUGAGCCACCAGAAGCUGGUACACUUGUGGUAAUUGACAACUAUGUGACUAUCUAUUUGGAUAUUGAAACACCUAUUCUGAAAGUACUUGUUAUCGAUAAUGCUACAUUAAUUUUCGAUGAUUCUCAAGAUGUUGCUUUGAAUGUUGAGUAUAUUAUCAUAGUCAACAGUGGUCAUCUUCAAGUCGGAACAGAGUCAAAUCCAUUUCAACAUCGUGGUAUUAUCACUAUGUAUGGACACUUGCGAUCAAUCGAAUUGCCUAUUUUUGGUGCCAAAGUGUUGGCUUUGCGUGAAGGAACAGUGGACAUGCAUGGAAUGUCCACUAUUCAAACUUGGACACAACUCGGAGCAACAGCUAAUAAUGGCUCAACAGUAAUUACUCUUCUUCAACCUAUCGAUUGGAAUGUCAAUAGUCAAAUCGUUAUCGCAACUACAAGUGAUCGUUUCAGUCAAAAAGAAAACGAAAUUCGUCGAAUUGUAAAUAUCUCAUCGGAUAGACUUACAUUAACCUUGGACACACCAUUGAAAUAUACCCAUUUGGGUGCUACACAAACGUUGAAUUCAACAACCAUCGAAAUUCGCGGCGAAGUUGGUCUUCUUUCUCACAAUGUCGUCUUUCAAGGUUCAAUUACAGAAACAUGGGAUGAAACCAUAGAAGAAUGUCCGGCUGGAUUCAAUCCAGUAGCUGGUAGCACUCAUUAUGGUUAUUGGUAUCGAUUGAGUAAUAAAACUGAAGGACUUUCAGUUCUCAUCAAUCCCAACUAUUGUCCUAAUCGACAGCCUUUCGGUCGCUUCUACAAUAAUACUGUACAUAGUACGGGUCGAUUUGGAGUCUGGAUCUAUCCUGAAUAUGCUCCCACAAUCACGGGUGAUUGUAGCGAUACUCAACCGUCACAAGCAGUAUUCGAAGGCUUGAUAUCGUGGAAAAAUAAUAAAGGCAUCGAGUUAGUCAUGACUCGUACGACACAAAUCAAGAAUGCAAUAGUCUUUGACAAUGCUGAUAUAGGUAUUGCCUACGUCACAGCUGUUGGUCAUCAAGAAACCAAUCCACCGUAUCUGCGUGCAACAUUCUAUGAUAUUGAUAGUGGCUCAUCAGUUAUUGAUAGUAUAAUUAUCGGUGAUGUGGGUAUCUCCUCCACUCCAAUCGUACCAUCCACUGCAGGUCUUGUGGUCAUGUGGGAUCGUGGUCUUCGUGUUCACAAUGUUACUUUCAUCAAUUUUCCAAGCAAUGAGACACGUGCUAUAUUCGGACCAAUCAUCCUUGGUAGAUGUACUGAUCGUUGUGGAGGUUGGCUAACAAAGUUUUCCAACAUAUCUUUUAUAAAUGUUUCGAUUCGUGGCAAAUUUCGAUGGGAAUACGAUGCUCUAUAUCAUGAUGAGGAUGGUACUUUGGGUGGACAAUCUGAUUCAAUAAUCAUGGCACCUGAUGGUAUCAUAAAUGCAUCAUCGACAUGUACACUAGUACCCAAUUUCGAAAAUGCUAUUCAAUGUCCUCUAUCAGAAGGCAUUUGUUUAGUUGAAAAUCCAUCAACAGCUAACACAAGUAUUGAUAUAGAAAUAUCAUUUCGAGUUUACAUAUGUCCAUGCUACAACUGUGGAUGUCCAACAACUACAACUACAACGGCCACUACAGCUACAACAACAACGGAAACAACGACAACGACUACAUCAGCUACAACUACUACGACUACGUCAGCUACAACUACUACGACUACAUCAGCUACAACAACUACAACUACAUCAGCUACAACAACUACAACUACAUCAGCUACAACAACCACAGCUACAACAACCACAACUACAACAGCCACUACAAAUACUGAGACAACAACCACAUCUACUAUCUAUCUACCUCCAGUACAACCCGUUGAUGAAUUACCAUCAAGUCCGCAACUAGUAAGAGUUCACUUAAACUUGCCUCACCUUUUGCUUCAAUAUAUUUUUAAAAAAAUCAUAAGAGAAUAUACUCAAACAUUUUCUUUCGUAUCAUCCUGCCUUCAUAUUUUGAUUUCACUUAAUGCACGAAAA